GUCCUCCUCCUUCUUCUCCACACCCUACACUCAUCAUGGCUACCACCAUAGAGCAGGCCCCUUACUUUCUCGAGCGGAAGGAGAAGAAUCUGCUCGUCGUCAAAGACCCACCAAAAUUCGAUUUGGAAAGCUACAUUGCCAACUAUGAGGGCCGGACACGUCUCAAGCGUCUAGAGCACAUUGGCAUGUACUCGAGCUACCUUGCCGUGGAUGCCUUGCGAAUGGCCAUCGCAGAAGCCAAGCACGGCGCGGACGAAAACAUCUACAUCUCCCUCACCGAACUCCUACAUUCGAUCUCCCCGAAAGACACCAUGGCCACACCGGAUGUGGAGUGGGCCGAAAAAACCUUCAAAGCCAAUAAGCUGAGGCAAGAACAGCUGGAAUCUGAGCUCAAGGCCUACAAGAACAACCUCAUUAAGGAGAGCAUACGGAUGGGCAACGAAGACCUCGGUCACUUCUACUACAACAUCGGCGACCUGGGAAACGCAUUCAAGUCUUAUUUCCGCAUGCGCGAACACUGCACCUCAGCGAAGCAUCUGACCGACAUGACGAUGCGCCUCACAUUCGUCGCCAUUGCUCAGCGAAACUGGCUCGGCGCGCAAUCACAUGCUACCAAAGUCGACGCGCAGGUUGCUAAAAACGAAGAGAGGGGAAAGCUCGAACCUGUCAUAAACGCUUGCAUGGGAUUGUCGCACAUGUGCUGUAACAGCUUUCGCGACGCCGCUCGCGACUUUCUGAACGUUUCCCCCACGUUCAUCACCGCGGACGCCGUUGCUGGGAUUAAGUUCCAAAAGGAAGUUCUCACUGGCAAUGAUAUCGCCGUCUAUGGCGGUCUCUGUGCGCUUGCUUCCAUGGACAGGACGGAGCUACAAGAACGUGUCCUCUCAGACACCGACUUCCGCCAAUUUCUGGAACUGGAACCCCACAUCCGACGUGCCAUAUCAGCAUUCUGCAGCUCCAAGUACAGCACAUGCCUUCAGAUACUGGAGGAGUACCGCGCCGACUAUCUCUUGGACAUCUACCUGGGCCCCGCGGUGACUGAUAUCUACCACCGUAUCCGUACCAAGAGUAUCGUGCAAUACUUCAAGCCUUUCAGCUGCGUGUCGCUCGACGAAAUGUCCAAGAAAUUCCAAAUUACGGGUGAAGGAUACGCCAUCGAGGACGAAUUGACAUCUAUGAUAACGGCCGGGAUUUUGGACGCUCGUAUCGAUCUUGUGGAACGGCUGCUCAUCUCCCCGGCCACGAACGCGCGCCACGUCGUCCACUCUGACGCUCUUAAGAUGGCCCAGAGCUAUGACCACACCCUACGCCUUCGUUUGACGCGCUUGAACAUGCAGAACGCUGGUAUGGAAGUGCGCUCCCCUAAGGCCGACAUGGAAAAGAACAUAGAUAGGGGCGAAGGCUUCGGUGGUACUCUGCGACGUUUAGGUCAAGGGUUGGGUGGCUUCUCGUGAAGGACUACGGCAUACGAGUGUGCAUUUUUCGGCGUUUGGCAUAUUCGGCGUGUGCAGGCGGGGAAGUAUCUGGCGUCUCAUGAAGACGAUAUGAUGAGGUAGUGGGAUAGAGAGGUCGGUUCGUCCGACCUACGAUUAGUGCUAGAAGACGAAUGAUGAUUGAAUGGCGA